AUGGGAUGGACAGGCGUCUCGCUUGCCUGCCCACCUUCUAACCAUCGUUGCGCGCCAACAUUACUCUCCUCUCCCUCCUUCUCCUCCUCCUCCUCUUCGUCCUCCUCCAAUGGGGUUACGCCAGGAUCUUUCAAGUCACCCUUCCUCCGCGAUCAUUCUUGUUCCCGGCUAAAAACAACACCACUGCUGGCGCCGCCAUGUGCAAGCCGCUCUGUCUCUCAACCUCACCGUCCGCACCACUCUCUCCACCGCCAUUACGGCCGCUUUCACGUCCUCCCUGUUCUUUCUACUCCUGCCGCCCUUUCUUGUCUUCCACCAACCGCCUUCACCCGCGCCUCGCCGUUGCAUUCCCGCGGCAGAUGCGGCGUGAGGAGCGGCAGCGUAAGGAGCGCCGCACGCAAGAGCAGCAGCGUCAGCAGCGGUAGCCGCUUCGAGACGCGAAGAACGAGAUGCAACGCGACGAGGGGAGCUCCCGCGAACGCGGAGAGUGAGGAGGACGACGCGGGGGAAGCAGCAGCGGCGGCGGGCGCGACAGCAACGGGGGAAUCCGCGCAGCGGGGCAAAACGGCGCGCGGAUUGACGGCCGUGGUGCUGGCAGCCGCGCUGGUCCUAGCCCCGCCUCUGCCUACCCCCGUGCUGCACUGGAGAUUGGACGACUCGCAGCUGUCGCAGCUGUCGCAGGUGUCGCAGGUGGUCCAGCCGUUGGGGCAGGAGCAGGAGGUUGAAUGGGAGGCACAGGCGCAGCAAUGGCGCCAGGCAGGGCUGGGGAUGGGAGUGGAGGUGCGAUGGGACGACGGUGCCGCGCAUGCUUUCCUACUGGAAAAGAUCAAGACACUGGAGCGCUCUUUGGAAAGCCUGGUCACCUCCAUUAAGAAUGGCAAGGCGCUUGACAAGUUCAUCACUGUGUGGACGGGCCCUCUGGUGACAUCAGACGUGGUGGAUGAGGGGGUCAAGGCAGUGCUCGACGCUGAGAAGAGGGAGGCGGGCUUUAACGUGGAGCGCAUAGGGGAGUAUGUUGCUGACGCUGCUGCCGAUGUUGCUUCCAAACUCUCGCGCUUCACUCUUGCAGCGGAGGGCGAGGUGCCUGUGGCGGCCGCCACUGGGAUCGUCGAGGGCACAUUCGAUAAGUUCCUGGCGUUUGAGUUGUCAACGCUGUUCUCCCACCUGCAGCGCCUAGCCAUCUUCGCCCCCAUUGUCGCUGCUGGCAUGUGGUGGCAAAUGCAAGGUCGGAAUCUCUUCCCUUGGGGUGGGGGAGAGAGCUCCCCUGACGGCAGCAGCAGGGCAGGAGGAGGAGGGGGCGGGUGGGAGUCGGAGGAGGAGGAGGAGGCGAGGCAGCAGCGGGCACUGCGAGUGAGGAGGGAGCUCCGGCGGAUCGAGCUCAAGGCAGAACUCAGAGACGAGCUGGCUGCACUGGGCGAGCGGGCUCUGAGGCCCGGCAUGCCCCCGUCGUCCACCACAGCAGCGGAGCGCAAGGAGGUAGAGGACCUGCUGCUGCAGCUCUGCCAACUCGGCCCACCCAUUGGAUUCCUCGCAGGCGGAGCAGCAGAGGGAGGGGACUGGGAGGGGGGAGGCGUGCAGGAGUGGGGCGAGAGUGAGGGUUGGGAUGGGGACGGUGGUGGAGGAGAGAGGGGUGCUCCGCUUACACACGGAUCGUGGGUUCUCAUCUACGCCUCAUGCGACCCUGAGCCGCCUCCAUCCGCGGACCCGCCUCCCCUGCCGGCCAUUCCCCUCUCGCCCAUGCAGCUGCUGCUCCGGGCGGCAGAACUGCCAGGCCCGUUGGAGGUCUGGGGCAACACCGUUCCCUCAGAUGAUCUCCCGCUGCUCACACUCACUCUCCCUGUGCCCCCGGCGAUUCAGAGGGCUGUGGCUGCGCGUGCAGCCACGGCAGUGGGGGGCGAGUGGGUGACGUGCUAUGUGGAUGAUGACUUGAGGGUGGAUUGCAACGAGGAAGGGCUGUUCCUUGCGUUUGCACGCGCCGAGUGA